AUGUUGUCAGGGCUACCUCCUUUUCAUGACAGGGAACAUAACUUAGAUCUUGCUAUGAAAAUCCGUCAAGGAUUACGACCGCAAUUUCAGAUUAAAAUUCCCGAAUCAUUAGAAGAAUUAAUCAAUGAAGAAACUGAAUUUACUAGGGAAGUAAAAGAAGUUGAAAAAUUCAAUAAAGAGAAGGAAAAAGAAAGGUAUUGUAAAUCUCUUUCUAGACUUUAUCAACAAUACAAAGGUCAAACUAUAGAAUUCCCAAAACAACAAUACACAAAAGAAAAGCAAAAUGUCGAAAGUGGAUUGAACCGUCAUUCACCGCGAUUUCACCCCCGCAUUAAAAAAAGAGAAGCUAACCAGAAAGAUCUAGAAGCCGCCAUUAGUUUCCCGGUUUUACUUAGUGAAUUAACUGGUUUUAAUGGUGAUUUA